UCCACUUUUGCAGCUGAACUAAUACAGAACUUAAUGACUUGGCUGAUGAUACAUGUUGUAUUAUAGACACAACAUUCUGUGACACUUGGGUGAACAUAACCUUUCCACUGAGGUCAAAAGUCAAAACAUACUAAUCCCACCUGCUUCAAAUUCUUUCAUUUGGCUCUAAUUAGUCAUGGUAGUUGAGCUUCUAAACUAAAUUUCAUGCUUAACUUGUUGAUUUCCUAUGUCUAUAAAUUCGCUUAACAUGCUCUUACCCAACCAUCAAACUUGGUCUUGACUCUACACAUAACAAAUAAACAUGGUAGCAAGUGUUGUGGCUCUAGUACUAGGCAUGUUGAUGGUGACUGCACCAUCCUACGCGCAAAUUAGCACACCAUGCAACGUCUCGGCGCUAAGCACACUGUUCACACCUUGCGCGAGCUUCCUCACAAAUAGCAGUGGCAAUGGCACCUCGCCAACUGCCCAGUGCUGCGGCGCCCUCAAGUCGCUGACCAGUGGCGGUAUGAACUGCUUGUGUCUCCUUCUGACGGCCGGCAUUCCUUUCAGAAUACCAGUCAACCGAUCCUUGGCCAUCUCUCUUCCUCGUGCCUGCAACAUGCCUGCUGUCCCCGUUCAAUGCAAAGCCUCAGGUACACCACUUCCUGCUCCAGGACCAGUGGCUUUUGGACCGUCUCCUUCAUCACCCUCAGGAUUUACUCCAACUCCUAGUCCUCAAGCUUCUUCUUCUUCUGCCAUCCCCCCAUCACCACCGAGUCCACCUUCUCUGGCACCAGAGUCUGACACAAGUAGUAGCUCUCCUCCUCUUCAAAGUCCGGCAUCUCCGUCAGUGGAUUCUGGAACCACAAGUACACCAGCUUCAUCCACGGGAAGUUCCCGCCCUGGUCUCACUCCAUCAUCUGCCAUCAAACUUUUCAAUGCGCCUCCUUCUCUUCUAUUCAUUGCACUUGGAGUUGCUGUUCUCAAAUUCUACUAGGUUUCUCUUUGUUUGCAUAUUCUCAAGUUCAUGUACCUAUGGAAUUGAUGUUACUAUGUAUUCUUUUGCGGCGUGGCUGCUCAUAUCACCUUCUUUUUUCGAAUCGAAGCUAUUUGUAUUGUAAAUUUGUAAUGUGUAUUAUUAUUCUUAUGGAGGUUGUUGGACGCAUGUAAUUGGGAU